GGCUCCUGUCCCGUUUAACCCCGGUCCUGAGGCUUGCGGCUGACACACUGACACAGUGGAAGGCCGGAGCUAGGGCAAGCGGGCCCUGGGUGCUUAUGAACAGCAUCAGCUCCACGGCUGCUGCGACUGAAACAACUUUGGUGACUCUUUAUCAGGUAUCUUCUAGGCCCCCCUCCAACUUUGAUCCAGGCAACUAUGUUGAAGUGAGUGAUCCGAGCACCCACUUACCCUCCAAAGUGGUGAUACAGGAUAUUACCACAGAGCUGCACUGCCCGCUGUGUAACGACUGGUUCCGCGACCCGCUGAUGCUCACCUGUGGCCACAACUUCUGUCAAGCCUGUAUUCAAAACUACUGGAAGAUGCAGGCGAAGGAGACGUUCUGCCCCGAGUGUAAGAUGCUGUGUCAGUACAGCAACUGCACAUUCAACCUGGUGCUGGAGAAGCUGGUGGAGAAGAUUAAGAGGCUACCCCUGCUCAAGGGCCAUCCCCAGUGCCCAGAGCACGGCGAGAACCUGAAACUGUUCAGUAAGCCAGACGGGAAAAUGAUCUGCUUUCAGUGCAAGGAUGCCCGGCUGUCCAUGGGCCAGUCUAAGGAUUUCCUGCAAAUCUCUGAAGCCGUCCGUUUCUUUACGGAGGAGCUUGCUAUCUAUCAGAGCCAACUUCAGACAACCCUGAAAGAGCUUCAGUCUCUCAGAACAAUGCAAAAAGAUGCUAUUGCUGCUUACAAGGACAACAAGAUACAACUGCAACAAAACCUUUCCUUGGAGUUUCUAAAGCUGCAUCAGUUUCUGCACAACAAAGAAAAGGACAUUCUCAAUGACCUCCGGGAUGAGGGGAAAGUCUUGAAUGAGGAGAUGGAUGCGAAUCUGAACCAGAUUCAGGAGCAGUGUCUCCUUGCCAAAGACAUGCUGGCGAACAUUCAGGCACGGAUGGAACAGCAGAACUCCUUCGACUUCCUCACAGACAUCACAAAGCUCCUAGAGAACAUGGAGAAAGGAAUGAAGACACUUGUACCCAGACAGCUUAUCUCCAAAAAGCUGAGCCUAGGUCGCUUCAGAGGUCCUAUCCAGUAUACCAUCUGGAGGGAAAUGCAGUCCAUUCUCUCUCCAGGCCCAUCUCAACUAACUCUGGAUCCUAAAACAGCUCAUCCAAAUCUGGUGCUAUCCAAUAGCCGGACCAGUGUGUGCCACGGUGAUGUUAAACAGGUAAUGCCUGAUGACCCAGAGAGGUUUGAUUCAAGUGUGGCUGUGCUGGGCUCAAAAGGCUUCACCUCUGGGAAAUGGUACUGGGAAAUAGAAGUGGCAAAGAAGACAAAAUGGACGAUUGGAAUCGUCAGAGAGUCUAUCAUUCGGAAGGGGAGCUGCCCUCUGACUCCAGAGCAAGGAUUCUGGCUUCUAAGACUAAGGAACCAAACGGAUCUAAAGGCCCUGGAUCUGCCCUCAUGCAGUCUGAACCUAGGUGAUCUCAGAAGGGUGGGCGUGUACCUGGAUUAUGAGGGAGGGCAGGUGUCCUUCUACAAUGCUACGAACAUGACCCAUCUUUACACCUUCACUAGUGUUUUCCUGGAGAAACUUUUCCCCUACUUGUGCCCCUGCCUUAAUGACGGUGGGGAGAAUAAAGAGCCAUUGCACAUCGUACAUCCACAGUGAUUAAGUUAUACUAUUGUAUAAAUUCAGGGCGUUAUUAAAGUAUUGAAAUAGUUCACCAAUU